AUGGAGGACGAGUACGACUAUCUUCAGCCUGGGUUUGAUCCCAAAACGUUGACAGUGCCCCGACUACGCUCGAUUCUCGUUGCCCACGAUGUCCAGUACCCCGGCACUGCGAAGAAGUCCCAGCUUAUCGAGCUCUACUAUGAGGGUGUAGUACCCAAGGCGAAGAAAUUCUUGGAUAAACAGGCACGUGCGAAAAGGUCCAGCAUGGGGAUUGUCGAUAUGCCCAGCGGUAACUCGGCUUCGUUUGACGACUCCGAUCUUCAACCUCCGACACAGACGAGACGAUCUCGGUCUCCACGAAAGGCCUCGGCUAGAAUCAAGCCCGAGGAGCAGGAAGAGCCAGAGCCUGUGCGAGCCCAAAGCCCAACGAAGCGGAGGGUGCGUGGCACCAGCCGCCAACUAUCCCAUCCCCCGGACGAGGAUGACCGGGAACUUUUGCGGUCUCCUAGAAGAACCACUCGCAAUGUGACUCCUCAGGUUAAGGUAGAGGAAUCCGACGAUGACUUCUUCAGACGCACCCGGGAGGCGGAGGGCCCGUUCUCGUCUGAUAACCCCUUUCAGAGCGGGAGCUCUCCGCUCACGGCCCCACGCUCAGCAAGCAGCCGCCGGAGGACUGCCGGGCAAGAACCAACCACCCCGCACUACGAGAAGGAGGCUAGACGACGAACGGAUGGGCACGCUGCACUCGACGGCCCAAAGUCAUCCAAGUCUCGCAAAUCAUUCGAAGUGCCCGUAAGCAAGUUUUCGGGGCAGCAGACGCCAGAAGUUCAUGACGUUGACGCCGGCGAGGAGUUUACACCCGAAGAACAAUUCGAGUUGGAAUUGGAGAUGGCAUCCAAAGGGCAAACGGCGGUUCAACCUCGUCAAACACAAGCUCCCAAGCGGCGAUCGGGCUUCAAGGUUCCUAUCAUGGCUCUGGGUGUUACCCUGCUCAGCGCAUAUGCCGGCUGGUAUCGGCAGGAGAAGAUCGCUGUCGGAUACUGUGGCCUCGGCAGACCUGCGACGCAGAUCAUACCUCCUGAGGUUCCGGUUCCCGAUUGGGCUGUGCCCUUCAUCGAACCUCAAUGUGAGCCUUGCCCGCAGCAUGCCUACUGCUACGAAGACUUUUCCGUGCGCUGCGAACCCGACUUUGUCUUGAAGCCCCAUCCCCUCUCUGCCGGUGGAAUCCUCCCUCUUCCUCCUACCUGUGAACCUGAUGGGGAGAAAGUGCGCCGUGUCAAGGUAGUAGCGGACAAGGUUGUUGAGGAGCUACGUGAGAGGCGGGCGCGGUUCGAGUGCGGCGAACUCGUCGACGAGGCCGGUCGCAAUGAUGAAGGCCCUGGCAUUGCGGAGGAUCAGCUGCGCAAGACCAUCAGCGACAAACGCAGCAAGAGGAUGAACGAGCAAGAAUUUGACGACCUCUGGCUCGCUGCCCUCGGAGAUGUGAAGGAACGCGAGGAGAUUGAGGUAGUUGAUCCCACUAACCAGACCGGUUAUGGUGGAACUAGAACGGCCAAUUCCUCCGGCGUUCCAAUCACCUACCUCUCGUCCACCUCUCUCGCUCGCCUUUCGCUCGGGUGCGCAGCCAAGCGCUCCUUCAGGCUCGGACUGGAGCGAUAUCGACUCCCUGCUGGAUCUCUAAGCCUCCUGGCCAUCUUGUACUUUUACGCCCGUUCUCGCUACAGGUCCUACAAGUCAGAGAUGGCCCAGGUACCCGCUCUCGUCGACCUUGUCCUCUCCCGGCUCGCCGCGCAGAAGGAACUCGGCGAAGAGGAGAUUGACGAGCCCUGGCUAUUCCUUCCGAACCUGCGCGACGACGUGCUCAGGUCGGUGCACUCGCUUGGCGACCGCGAUCGCAUCUGGAAACGCGUCCGGGCUGUUGUUGAGCAGAACAGCAAUGUCCGGACCAGCCAGCGGGAGAGCCGCAACGGAGAAGUCGGCCGCGCCUGGGAAUGGAUAGGACCCAUCGGAGGCGAGGCUGCCCGGAGGCGGCGGAGCGGACGUAUUUCCUUCGGGGCGGACGUCGAGAAGGAAGAGACGCCCGAGAUGGUGCACAAGACGGAGAAAGGGGCCGGACACUCGAGAUGGGAAGAGUCGCGCCCCGUGUAUUAA